UGUGUUCAUCCUUCAGUCAUCGCACCGAACAAACCAAAAAUCCAAACGGUCACCAAACACGCAGCAGAUCCGCAGCAAAAGUGCCGGAAAAUCCGUUUUUUGUGACCCCGGAACGCACAGAUAAGUCAUAAUUUCGUCUAUCAACCGAAAAGUGUUGUCUCCUUUGGUGACGGGAGGGAAAAGAUCCAGCGCUUCGAGGGCGAACUUAGGUGAGCGACAUAAAUACAAGGGCAGCCCUCCAACGACGGCGGUGGAGAACAUGGAUGCCAGCAGUGGAGUCAAUACGAGCAACGGUAAACCGCUCAAAUGCAACCAGAAUGUUCAGGUUUACUUGCGAGUCAGGCCAACGAACGCGAGGGAGAAGCUGAUUCGUUCGCAGGAAGUGGUGGAAGUAGUCUCGACUCGGGAAGUUCUUCUGAAGCCGACCUUGGUGGAUACGAGGAGCUCCAAGAAGUUUACCUUUGACCGGGCGUUUGACAUCCAGUCGAAGCAGCACGAAGUGUACAAUGCUGUGGUCGCGCCCUAUAUCGAGGAAGUGCUGGCCGGGUUCAAUUGUACGGUUUUCGCUUAUGGUCAAACGGGAACCGGCAAGACUUACACCAUGGUCGGUGAGGAACAGCCGGAACUGAGCUCCGGAUGGGACGACGAUACUCAAACGGGGAUCAUUCCGCGAGCGCUGAAUCAUCUGUUCGAUGAGCUGCGUAUGACGGAGCUGGAGUUCUCGAUGCGCAUCUCGUAUUUGGAGCUGUAUAACGAGGAACUGUGCGAUUUGCUGUCCACCGACGAUACGGUCAAGAUUCGUAUCUACGACGAUGUCAACAAGAAGGGAUCGGUGAUUGUGCAAGGUCUCGAGGAAAUCCCGGUCCACAGCAAGGACGAUGUCUACAAACUGCUGGCCAAGGGUCAGGAACGUCGCCGGACGGCAUCCACCUUGAUGAAUGCGCAAUCGUCCCGGUCGCACACCAUCUUCUCCAUCAUCGUACACAUCAAGGAGAACGGAAUGGAUGGGGAGGAGUUGCUCAAAAUCGGCAAACUGAAUCUGGUCGAUCUGGCCGGAAGCGAAAACAUCACGAAAGCUGGAAACGAAAAGGGUAUCCGGACACGUGAGUCGGUGAAUAUUAACCAGUCGCUGUUGACGCUGGGGCGGGUGAUUACGGCACUGGUCGAAAGGACACCGCACGUGCCCUAUCGGGAGUCGAAGUUGACCCGAUUGCUGCAGGAAUCGCUCGGAGGUCGAACCAAGACGUCGAUCAUUGCGACCGUCUCGCCCGGGCACAAGGACUUUGAGGAAACGAUGAGUACCCUGGAGUACGCUCACCGAGCAAAGAACAUCCAGAACAAACCGGAGGCCAAUCAGAAGCUUUCGAAGAAGACGGUCAUCAAAGAGUACACGGAGGAGAUCGACCGGCUGAAGCGGGAGCUGUUGGCCACGAGGGAUAAGAAUGGAAUCUACUUGCCGGAGGAGACCUACAACGAGAUGGUGUACAAGUCUGAGUCGACCACCAAGGAACUGAACGACAAGGUGAUACUGAUCAAGGUGUUGAAGGAAGAUCUGGCCAAGAAGGAAGCGAUCUUCAAGGAGGUCAGUCUGAAUCUGGUGGAGAAAGAGGAGAUGCUACGCCGGACGGAGGACACGUUGUGUCACACGAAGCACGAGUUGACCACUACCAAGAGAAGUCUGCACAAAACGAAGCGCCGCUAUGCCGAGAAGAAGGUCGUCCUGGAUCGGCAUAUGAAAACCGAGGAAGCGUUGAGUAGUCAGGCGAAGGAGCUGAUCGAAGUGGUCGAGACGGUCCAACAGGAUACGAAUGGGUUGCAUGAUACGAUCGAUAGGAGAAAAGAGACAGAUCAUAAGAAUCGAACGGUUUGCGAGCAGUUCGUGGAUCAGUUGAAGAACCGCAUGCAAGCAAUGGAGGGUAAUGUGUCCAAUCUCACGCAGAGCUGUCAUCAGAUUUCGUCAACGAUUGUGAGCGACUGGGACAAAUACCUUUCGAAACAGGACCUCCUGCAGCAAGAAGUACGCGCCAAAAUCGCAGAGUUAGAAUCCCUCUCCACCAGCAUAUCUUCGCAAAAUUCCUCUCUCCUGACAUCCUUCCGCGAUGGGCACUCUCAGUGGACUUCGGAGCAAAUGUCCCUAGCGCAAUCUUCCUUGGCAACGAACGAACGGGCCAUCGAUUCGCUCCGUAUGACCAUCACAGCGAACGUGCAAGCUCUGAAGAAAACGCUUGCCGAGCAGGACGAGCAACAGAAGGCCCUACUUCUGACUACGUGGAAAGCAUGCAGAGAAAGCGAAGAACGCAACCUGGAGUUUUGUGGAUCCCUCAAGGGGAUCCUCAAGGAUAUGGAUCAACUGGUUGGUCGGUUCGGAGAAAGCCAAAGCCGAAUCGAGGAGUUUGUCGUGUCGUCGAAGAAAGCUCACGAGGGCCGGGUGGCCCUUCUGAUGUCGAUGUGCGAAGAGAUCCGAGCAGAACAAGCUGGAUUGGACCGAUUGCGAGAGGUCGGUCAAGAAGUUGGCCAGACGAAAACUUCCGUCGUGGAGAUGAUCGAAAGUGCUGGUUUCGUUGUGGACAAGAACGUUGAAGAAGUGAAAAAGGGUCUGGAACAGUUGGAACUGAACUCGCAACAGAUGGACCAGACUCGGCAGGAGCACAAGGCCAUCAUUGAGGGUCGAUUGCAGAAUAAUGUCCUCGUUCCUGUGGAAUCCUCCUGCGUUCAAAUGAAGGAAACAAUUAAUCAGCAAUCAAACGUACUUCGAAGCUUCGGAGAAGCAUCGAACGAACGGUGGACCAAGUUCUUCUCCGAUUUCGAACAGCACCAAUCGGAAUCCUCAGCCUCCCACUCAACCCAGACCCACACCCUGCAGGACAAGUUGAACUCCGAAGUGGUCACCCAAUCCGAGUUCCGCCACACGACAAUCUCCCUGAACAAGCAACUGCAGCGGAACAUCAGCUCCUUCCAGAAACAAACCAGCGCACAUUUGUCCGAACUGGCGGAACAAGUCGAUCGGUUCCACCGGGAAGAACUGACCCUCUAUCAGCCAACCGGUCAAACACCAGUACGCAAAAAUAUCAGCUAUCCGAAGGAUGUUCCGAUGACGUCACCACACGACAGGAUUAUCCGACGGUUUUGGCGCGAACGGAACAUGGCUGAGCUGGAUCUUUCGACGACGAUUACGGAGGACAACGAGGAUGUAAGUCUGCUGUGUACUAGCCUGAACAACGACGAGAUUCGAAACUCGACGCCACUGCGAAGCAAUGUGCUAGAAGAGGAUCGGAAACACUUCAAGGACCUGCAAAUAUCCAACAUUUUACCCAAGGAUGCCACAAACUUGGAUUGUGAGGACAACAAAGAAAACAUGGACACCAUCACCGAAGUUGCCUAACUAGGGAGCGUCCCGAAUACGAAGGACCAUACAAAUCAACAAAAAAGGUAUUUGCGCACAGUGCAUUUCUUCCGUUUGCUACUCAAUAGCUUGCGCUUUGUCUAGAUAUACUUGCUAUAUUUGUAUUUCUAUGUUUUAUGACUUCUUGGAAAUCGACGUGUACGUAGCUAUACGUGUCUUCCGUGUAAUAGACACGAAACGCAUUAUUCCUUUUUAUUAUUAACGCUAUAACGUAAACAGAAAACGCAAAAUCGUACGAGAGUGAACCGGAUCUAUGAUUGUUGUACAUUAUUCCGUUUUAGUUUAGUAAGACUAUUUUUCUUAAUAUAAAAUAUGCAAUUUUCAGAGUA